AUGCACCGAACGCGCCUCGAGUUCGAAUUUCAGACUUCCUUGGACGCGCCUUUGACCCGGCGUGACUUCUCAUCACAAAUCCCUUUUCCCGGUUUUCCCUCGUCGUGCCUCUCCAUACUGUCACGUUCUCGUCAUCAGAAAUUCAAUAUGAUCAACGGUCUGCUGAUUCCCGGCGGCGGGACCGAUCUGGUGCCGGGGCCUUUCAUGUCUACAGUGCAACUGCUUCUACAGUGGGCCAAGGAGGCGAACGAUCAAGGCGACUACUUCCCCGUGCAGGCCACGUGCAUGGGGUUCGAAGCCAUGGCGAUUGUUAUUAGCGAGGAUCCGGACCUGCUGGAACUGCGGCGAUUCAGCGCCUACUUCUCCUGGAUGUCUCCGGAUUUGGCUCAGAAGGUGCAAGAGCUCCCUCUCACCAUGGAGAACCAUCAGGUAACUUGCGAUUGUCCCGCCCUUCCCCACUAUCUCCCCACCUCUCGCUCUCUGGCUGGAAAGGUGCAACAGCUCCUCACCAUGGGAACCAUCAGGUGGGUUCCGGUUUUCCGCUGUCCUCCCCCGCACUCGUCCCGCUCCUCCCCCCACUCCACCUCUUUCUCUCCGCGCGCCUCUCCGUAUCUGGGUGCAACACCCCCUGACCAUGGAGAACCAUCAGCUCCCUCUCCACACGGAGAACCAUCAGGUAUGUCCUGUUUUCCCGCCCUUCCCCCCUCUCUUCCCCCCCUUCUCCGCUCCUUUUGCUCUCCGGCUGAAAAGGUGCAACAGCUCCCUCUCCACACGGAGAACCAUCAGGUAUGUCCUGUUUUCCCGCCCUUCCCCCCUCUCUUCCCCCCCUUUCUCCGCUCCUUUUGCUCUCCGGCUGAAAAGGUGCAACAGCUCCCUCUCCACACGGAGAACCAUCAGGUAUGUCCUGUUUUCCCGCCCUUCCCCCCUCUCUUCCCCCCCUUCUCCGCUCCUUUUGCUCUCCGGCUGAAAAGGUGCAACAGCUCCUCACCAUGGGAACCAUCAGGUGGGUUCCGGUUUUCCGCUGUCCUCCCCCGCACUCGUCCCGCUCCUCCCCCCACUCCACCUCUUUCUCUCCGCGCGCCUCUCCGUAUCUGGGUGCAACACCCCCUGACCAUGGAGAACCAUCAGCUCCCUCUCCACACGGAGAACCAUCAGGUAUUUCCUGUUUUCCCGCCCUUCCCCCCUCUCUUCCCCCCCUUCUCCGCUCCUUUUGCUCUCCGGCUGAAAAGGUGCAACAGCUCCCUCUCCACACGGAGAACCAUCAGCUCCCUCUCCACACGGAGAACCAUCAGGUAUGUCCUGUUUUCCCGCCCUUCCCCCCUCUCUUCCCCCCUUCUCCGCUCCUUUUGCUCUCCGGCUGAAAAGGUGCAACAGCUCCCUCUCCACACGGAGAACCAUCAGCUCCCUCUCCACACGGAGAACCAUCAGGUAUGUCCUGUUUUCCCGCCCUUCCCCCCUCUCUUCCCCCCCUUCUCCGCUCCUUUUGCUCUCCGGCUGAAAAGGUGCAACAGCUCCUCACCAUGGGAACCAUCAGGUGGGUUCCGGUUUUCCGCUGUCCUCCCCCGCACUCGUCCCGCUCCUCCCCCCACUCCACCUCUUUCUCUCCGCGCGCCUCUCCGUAUCUGGGUGCAACACCCCCUGACCAUGGAGAACCAUCAGCUCCCUCUCCACACGGAGAACCAUCAGGUAUUUCCUGUUUUCCCGCCCUUCCCCCCUCUCUUCCCCCCCCUUCUCCGCUCCUUUUGCUCUCCGGCUGAAAAGGUGCAACAGCUCCCUCUCCACACGGAGAACCAUCAGCUCCCUCUCCACACGGAGAACCAUCAGGUAUGUCCUGUUUUCCCGCCCUUCCCCCCUCUCUUCCCCCCCUUCUCCGCUCCUUUUGCUCUCCGGCUGAAAAGCUCCCUCUCCACACGGAGAACCAUCAGGUAUGUCCUGUUUUCCCGCCCUUCCCCCCUCUCUUCCCCCCCUUCUCCCGCUCCUUUUGCUCUCCGGCUGAAAAGCUCCCUCUCCACACGGAGAACCAUCAGGUAUGUCCUGUUUUCCCGCCCUUCCCCCCUCUCUUCCCCCCCUUCUCCGCUCCUUUGCUCUCCGGCUGAAAAGGUGCGACAGCUCCCUCUCCACACGGAGAACCAUCAGGUAUGUCCUGUUUUCCCCCCGCCCUUCCCCCCUCUCUUCCCCCCCUUCUCCGCUCCUUUUGCUCUCCGGCUGAAAAGGUGCAACAGCUCCCUCUCCACACGGAGAACCAUCAGGUGGGUUCCGGUUUUCCGCUGUCCUCCCCCGCACUCGUCCCGCUCCUCCCCCCACUCCACCUCUUUCUCUCUCCGCGCGCCUCUCCGUAUCUGGGUGCAACACCCCCUGACCAUGGAGAACCAUCAGCUCCCUCUCCACACGGAGAACCAUCAGGUAUUUCCUGUUUUCCCGCCCUUCCCCCCUCUCUUCCCCCCCUUCUCCGCUCCUUUUGCUCUCCGGCUGAAAAGGUGCAACAGCUCCCUCUCCACACGGAGAACCAUCAGGUAUUUCCUGUUUUCCGCCCUUCCCCCCUCUCCCCCCCUUCUUCCCCCCUUCUCCGCUCCUUUUGCUCUCCGGCUGAAAAGGUGCAACAGCUCCCUCUCCACACGGAGAACCAUCAGCUCCCUCUCCACACGGAGAACCAUCAGGUAUGUCCUGUUUUCCCGCCCUUCCCCCUCUCUUCCCCUUCCCCCCCUUCUCCGCUCCUUUUGCUCUCCGGCUGAAAAGGUGCGACAGCUCCCUCUCCACACGGAGAACCAUCAGGUAUGUCCUGUUUUCCCGCCCUUCCCCCCCUCUCUUCCCCCCCUUCUCCGCUCCCGCUCCUUUUGCUCUCCGGCUGAAAAGGUGCGACAGCUCCCUCUCCACACGGAGAACCAUCAGGUAUGUCCUGUUUUCCCGCCCUUCCCCCCUCUCUUCCCCCCCUUCUCCGCUCCUUUUGCUCUCCGGCUGAAAAGCUCCCUCUCACACGGAGAACCAUCAGGUAUGUCCUGUUUUCCCGCCCUUCCCCCCUCUCUUCCCCCCCUUCCUCCGCUCCUUUUGCUCUCCGGCUGA